CCGUGAUGUGGAAGCGCAAAACAAUAUGGCCGCUCGCUGAGCACGUCUGUCAAAUAUUUAGGCACUGGUCCUGACACGCAACUUCGAGAUAUUUGGAUACUGUUUUUUUUCCUAUUUUAAAAGGGGGUUGCCGUCCCGCGUGAGAUAAAACGGGAUAAUGUUGACGGCAGCUGCGAGUAUAUCUAACAAUGGUGGCUCGUACGGUGUCGAGAGGCCGCCUACUCCAGACGUCGAUCUCUUUGAUACGAUGGAAAUGCCUUCGUUCAUGAGCGGAUUAUUUCACCCCGAGUACAAAAAGCAUGAGGAUCUUAAGGAGAUGCUGGACAGUAAUAAGGAUGGACUUAAAUUGGAAGCUAUGAAACGUAUAAUUGGGAUGGUGGCCAAAGGAAAAGAUGCAUCAGAAAUGUUUCCAGCUGUUGUGAAAAAUGUAGUAUCUAAGAACAUUGAGGUAAAGAAGCUGGUAUACGUUUAUCUAGUCCGUUAUGCGGAGGAUCAGCAAGAUCUGGCGCUUCUGUCCAUAUCGACGUUUCAAAGGGCUUUGAAGGAUCCCAAUCAGCUGAUUCGAGCAAGUGCUCUAAGGGUGUUGUCCAGUAUACGUGUUUCCAUGAUAGUACCUAUUGUGAUGCUGGCCAUCAAAGACUCGGCCAGUGAUAUGUCGCCAUAUGUGCGAAAAACUGCCGCUCACGCCAUUCCUAAAUUAUACUCAUUGGACAAUGAGCAAAAAGAGGAGUUGAUAGGUGUACUCGAAAAAUUACUAUCUGACAAAACCACCCUUGUAGUAGGCUCCGCUGUGAUGGCUUUCGAAGAGGUGUGCCCUGAGAGAAUAGAUCUUAUCCAUAAGAAUUAUAGAAAAUUGUGUAAUUUAUUAGUGGAUGUCGACGAGUGGGGCCAAGUGGUUAUUGUUAACAUGCUCACUAGAUAUUCUAGAACACAAUUUGUUAAUCCAAAUAUAGACAAUUUAGAAGAAGACGAAAAUCGGCCGUUUUACGACUCUGACUCCGAUUCUUCUGAUACAAAGAAACCAAAAUUUAUGUUGGAUCCUGAUCAUCGUUUGCUGUUAAGGAACACGAAACCCUUGCUACAAAGUCGAAACGCAUCCGUAGUGAUGGCGGUUGCUCAGUUAUAUCAUCAUGCGGCGCCUAGAAGCGAAGUUAUGACGGCUGCAAAGGCACUAAUACGAUUACUGAGAGGUCAUAGAGAAGUGCAAAGUAUUGUGCUUCAUUGUAUCGCUAGCAUAUCAAUUUCAAGAAAGGGAAUGUUUGAGCCAUUUUUGAAAUCAUUCUUUGUGCGGACUUCCGAUCCUACUCACAUAAAACUUCUGAAACUCGACAUAUUGACAAAUUUAGUAACUGAAACCAGCAUCAGCGUAAUAUUGAGAGAGUUUCAAACAUACAUUUCCAGCAGUGACAAGGAAUUUGUCGGCGCUAGCAUUCAGGCAAUCGGUAGAUGUGCGAGUAACAUUAAGGAAGUGACCGACAUGUGUCUCAAUGGGCUGGUAUCGUUGUUGAGCAAUAGAGAUGAGGCUAUUGUAGCAGAAAGUGUUGUGGUAAUAAAAAAGCUCCUACAAACGCAGCCAAAUGAGCAUAAAGACAUCAUUGCCCACAUGGCUAAGUUAAUGGAUUUCAUAACAGUACCUCAAGCCAGAGCAUCUAUCCUGUGGCUCCUAGGUGAAUACUCUGACAGAGUCCCGAAGAUAGCGCCAGAUGUGCUUCGAAAAAUGGCAAAAAAUUUCGUGAACGAACAGGAUAUAGUAAAACUGCAAACCUUGAAUUUAGCUGUGAAAUUAUGUUUGAACAAUCCCUCGCAAACAAAGCCGUUUUGUCAAUAUGUCUUCCAACUUGCCAAAUACGAUCAGAAUUACGACAUCAGAGAUCGCGCGCGUUUUUUACGGCACUUCAUCUUUGAGGAAGAUGGUGAUGCAAAGAUGCUUCCACAGUUCGCGAAAAGAGUUUUUCUUGCUCCGAAACCGGCACCGACUUUAACGUCCAGGUUCAAAGACUCGGAAUAUCAGUUAGGCACUCUGUCUCAUUACUUGGACAUGCCGUGCGUGGGAUACCGGCCUUUACCACCUUUUCCAGAUGUUACGCAAGAUCCGUCCGUGCGAGAUGUCUUGCCACCUGCGCAAGAGCUUAAAGAAGAGCGUCAUAGUAGAAAAGAAAAGGAGAAGAAGAAAAACAAGGAAAAAGAGAAAUCAUUCUAUACUGAUGAGGAGGAAAGCACUCCUGCCGAAGAAUCGGACAAUCAGUCAUCUGAUUCUUCGUCUAACGAAUCUUCAGACGAAGAUAGUGAUUCAUCAGAAUAUACAAGUGAAUCGGAUAAAUCUGAAACGGGCAGUGGAAAGAAAAAUGAAACAAAAUCCGACGAUACCGAAAGCGAAUCGUCGAGCGAUGAGGAGUCAGAUUCUGAAGACGAAGAAGAAGAUGAAGAAGAAAGCGAAACUCAAGAAAACGAGGAAGAGAAACCAAAAAUUAUCAAGCAAGAAGUACCGAAAGAAAAGCCAAAAAGCAACUUAGAUCUGCUAUUAGAUCUGGAUGACGUUGUUCCAAUGACACCUGUGAUGACGCCUAGUUUAGGUGGUUUUCUUACUCCAAUUAAUUCAACAAUCACAGAUGACGUUAGAGAGGUAUCAACGUCGUAUGUUCCGUUAAAAAAAACUACUUUGUUAAAUAGUAUCACAGGACACGGUUUAAAAAUUGAAUACAGAUUUACGAGAUCGCAGCAUUUAGUUAGCUCGAGUUUGGUUAAUAUCGAAUUAACAUUUUCCAACGAAGGCAACAAUGUCAUUAAAGAAAUUCAAAUAGGAAAUAAACAUUUACAAAAGGGUAUGUUCAUACACGAUUUUACGCAAAUAUCGUCUCUUGAUACGAACGCCACGUUAUCUUCGACACUAGGCGUUAAUUUUAAUGACUCCACUCAACCGGCCAACUUCAACAUUGACUUUGCGAUUAAUGACGAAAAAUAUUCGUGUCCGGUCAGCAUCAAACCGCCAAUCGGAGAGAUAAUAAGAUCUGUAACUUUACCUGAAAACAUGUUCAAUACGGAAAAGGCUAAAUUAAAGGGUAUGAACGAGCACAUAGCGAAAAUACCAUAUUCUGGGAACAAAAACGUUCUUCCUCAAAAAGUGUUCGAGACUGCGAACGUUGCAAGAAUAUUUAACGAAGAUGAAAUUAUGCGAUUUGCCGCUCAUACUUUAGCGUCUAAAUCGUUGGUAUUGGUAACAAUAAAAUUCAUUGAUGCCGAACAAUUGGAAGUUUGCGUGAAUUGUGAAAAAAUGGUUAUAGGAUCAAUUUUGUUAAAUGAAUUUAAGAGUAAUUUAAAAUAAAACGGAUAUCCGCUAUUAAUGGGAUUAAAUAAUACGGAUGUGUUUCAUAUACAUAUUUAUCAGGGAAUUUGAAUACUCCUUUGUUAAGUGAAGGUAAAUUUUUUCAAAUAACAUAUUCCAUUUAAUUUCUAAUAUAUGUAUGUAUGUACAUAUAUAUAUUUAUCCAGAUAUACGUACGUGUAUAAAAAAAUAUAUAUAUAUGUAUAAGUAUAAUAUAUAAUUAUAUAAAUAUCCUGUUACGCCAAUGUGAUGGCUUUUAUAAUAAAUUCUAAUCGCUUUUUAUCA